AUGAUAUUUGGACUCCAAGUGGAAGACAAUUUAAUUUCUAACCAUUUGAAUAAUAAGAAUUCAUUAAAGUAUAAACUAAUCAGAAGAGUAAUUCACUCUCAAGAUAAAUAUCUCAAAUUUAGUAGAGCAUAGAUAAUAAAUAAAAAAUAUUAGAAGAAACAUAUUUACCUAAAAAAGUUAGAACUAUUACUACUCAAGUUUAAAUUAAAGAAGCCCCCCAAAUAAAGACUCUUUCUACUUUUAAUUAUAAAAGAAGUGAAUCUCGUAUUUAAACAUCAAGAACACAAUCAGCUACACCAAUGA